AUGGUAUUGAUCAGCUUGUUGAUAUGCUCUUUGGCUAUUGCGAAGAACCUUGAAAACCCUGUUAAUGACCAAAAGGCUGAGGAGGAUAAAGAUAAUGCAGUCCUGAUACAGAAUGGUCAAUUGUCUUUGAAAGAUAGUGAAAUAACUUUAUUGAUCAACUCAACAUUUGAAAUAAUUGAAGAUUUCGAGAACAAUUCAACUGUGAGUGAAGUGAAUAGUAUUACAAAUGAGACAGUCACUGAUACUCUCAAGACAACAGAGCCUCCGAUGACGACUGUCAGUCCACUCCCACAUCCAAGAUCUGUUCCCCACAAGACUCGCUUUCAAAAACUCCGGCCGACAGCUGAAAAUUGCAGACAGUUCUCAAUUAGAGAAAAAUAUGGCAUGUUGGAGAGAGCAGGGGGUCGAAAUCAAUUGUUCAUGGCUGAAACCCCUGAAGAAGCAUCGAAAGGUUUUACGUCGCUUUAUGGGGAUGAGAAUGAGAUGAGUUUGGCUGAUGACGUUCAAUCGGAAGUGGAUAUCGACUUUUGUGAUUCUCGAUGCGAGACAAUCAAAUCUCAGUUGGAGUUGGCUUUAACAAAUCGAUACAAGAGUGCUGAAGCAAAGAGUUUGAAGCUUCAUGAUGAUACUCUCACUACUGGAGACCAACUGGAGGUUGACGAGGGUGACAUAAGCAGAUCGUGCUUUUUGGAUAGCUUUGUUCCAAUAGGAAAUUGUUCCAAUCCUGGUGAAGAUGACUCAUGGACACAUGAUACCUUAUGCUCAGAAUGCCGUGGAAUUUACUUGUUGAAUAAGGAGUGUUUUCCAACCUUCUUCAACACAGUUCGAUGUAAUUCUCAAGAUAAUGGUUGUAUUUUCGACACGUUUUCAGACCGAGCGCACGGAGAAUGUAACACUCAAUCUCUCUCAUUCAAAGUUUUGAGAAAUCGUGGGAACAGCCAAUGUGAAGAUUGGGUUGUGGAGAACAUUGAGCUUCCGGUUGCGUGCCAAUGUAUGUUGAGCAAAUCUUCAUGGCUGCGUUCUCGACCUCCGAAAGAACUAUAA